AUGGGGGGCUGCCUCAUGUACCGGGGGGACGGGGUGCCCAAGGACGUCAACUUGGGGGUGAUGCGCGCCGUCACGAUGAUGUCCAACACGACCUGCAUCGCCGAGAUCUACUCGCGCAUCGACCACAAGUUCGACCUGAUGUACGCCAAGCGCGCCUUCGUGCACUGGUACGUCGGCGAGGGCAUGGAGGAGGGCGAGUUCUCCGAGGCGCGCGAGGACAUGGCCGCCCUCGAGAAGGACUACGAGGAGGUCGGCGCCGACUCGGCUGAGGGCGACGGCGAGGAGGAGGAGUACUAG